AGAUAUCAAAAUCACUCAGAUCUGUGCUUCUUCUUCUUCUUCAUCAUCACCCAGAAAAAAUAAAGUCAAUACAAUGGCGCCGAGAGCAGAGAAGAAGCCAGCAGAGAAGAAACCAGCCGCCGAGAAACCAGUAGAGGAGAAAUCCAAAGCCGAGAAAGCUCCAGCGGAGAAGAAACCAAAAGCCGGCAAGAAACUCCCGAAGGAAGCCGGCGCCGGCGGAGACAAAAAGAAGAAGAUGAAGAAGAAGAGUGUCGAGACGUACAAGAUCUACAUCUUCAAGGUUCUGAAGCAAGUUCAUCCAGAUAUUGGUAUUUCAAGCAAAGCUAUGGGAAUCAUGAACAGUUUCAUCAACGAUAUCUUCGAGAAAUUGGCAUCGGAAUCGUCGAAGCUUGCGAGGUAUAAUAAGAAGCCGACGAUUACUUCUAGGGAGAUUCAAACUGCUGUUAGACUUGUUCUUCCUGGUGAGCUUGCGAAACAUGCUGUCUCUGAAGGAACUAAGGCUGUGACUAAAUUCACCAGCUCUUGAUUUAGUAAAUUAGGGUUUUUAGACUCUAAUUUGAAUCAAAUGUUAUCUUUUAGACCUUGGUUUUAGGGUUUCUGUUUCGUUUUAUCAAGCUUUAAUUAUCUUUCUACGUUGUGUAAAGUAAUGUUAUGAAUCUUAAUUUGUGUGUUUUAAUGGCUCAAUGAUUCUGUUGUGUUACCGA